ACUCUCACUAUUCUUUGUGUUAUUCAGGAGGAGAGGAAGAAGUUGGAGGAGAAAGAGAGGAAGAAGGCAGAGGUGCGGAAGCGCCUUGAGGAUGCUGCUCAAGCCAAGAAGGGAAAGAAAGGCUUCAUGACACCAGAGCGUAAGAAGAAGCUUAGGCAACUUCUGAGGAAAAAAGCCGCUGAAGAACUGAAGAAGGAACAAGAGAGGAAAGCAGAGGAAAGAAAGAAGAUAAUUCUUCAAAGAACAGGAGAAGCUAAACCACUAGAUGGCGCUAACGAAGCAACUCUUCAAGCCAUCUGUAAAGAAUAUCACGAGCGGAUCCAACGACUGGAAAAUGAGAAGUAUGACAUGGAGUAUUCAGUCAGACAAAAGGAUUAUGAGAUCAACGAGAUGACAAUUCAGGUGAAUGACUUGAGAGGAAAAUUUGUGAAACCAACUUUGAAAAAAGUGUCCAAGUAUGAGGGAAGGUUUGAGAAACUCCAAGCCAUUGCUAAAAACGCUGAUAAGGACUUUCGCGCCAACCUGAAAUCUGUCGGCAAGGACAAGUUCAAGCUUGACGAAGAGGUGGAGGUGUCUAACAGACCCGAAUGGGCGUUGGGAAAGAAGAAAGAGGAUGGCGAGAGAAAGAUGACAGAUGAAGAAGAAGAGGAAUAAAUUUCGCCACCUGUUAUAAAAAUUCAACAGAGCCACUCCUCGAUUCGCUAGCGAUCCCAGAGAGAGCCAAUAACCAUUUGUGAAAGAGUAGAUUACACCAUCUGGAUGUAUACCGCAGACAAGAAGUUCUGUGUCGACCAAUUAGGAACCUGAUGGAUGACUUAGCGAGUAGGGUGCAUCUCUGUAUUUCAAAUAAAGAAUAAUUAAUUACUUAGAGUCACCAGUUUGUACUCUUAGCCUCCCGGAAUUUGUAAUUACAGAAUUUUGUUUUUACCAGUAAAAUAUUUCUACUAUUA